CGGGGCUGCGGCCGACUCUAAACAUCAACAGCUUGACCUGGGGCCGAUCCCCUGGAGCCAAUCUGUUUCUUAUGCAGUCCUGUGUUUUUCUUCUUCCUGCUGACUUAAUAUAUAUCUUCAUGCCCGUUGCUCCUCCCUCUCGCCAUCCUUUUCUCCCUCGGUGUAUUACCUCCAUCUCGAGUACGCUUUUUCUUUUUACCCGCCAGAAAAGCUACCCCUCCUCUUUGUUUUCCUUUCAGUCCCUCUCUUAGACUCUCUCUCUCUCUCACUCUCUCUAUCUGUCUUACGCAUAAAGAUUUGCAAUUGCCCUUUUAUUUUUAAUACUUCCCCUCUUUAAUCUUGCUCGGCAUACUUCACCGGCUCCUCCCACUACUUGCCCCUCGUUAAUUCAGCAUCGACUCAUUCUUGGUUAUCCCAACUGGAUUUGGCAUUCAACUACAGAGCUUUGCAUACACACACACUCACGCAACCCACGCUAAACAAACCAUACUUUUGUUCCAAUUUUUGGAUAAAAGUACCUCUUUCGCUAUCUAACUUCGACACUUCGUCUCUUUUCCGAGUCAUCAUCCUCACCUUCGUCGCCACCUGCUCCGACCACCUACAAGCCCUUGCUUUUACGCACAAGCCAUCCAUUUUAGACUUUCACCCAGACGGAUCUCACCGAACGGAAACUCUCAGCAUCCCACCGUUCCAUCUUUCUAGAUUUAGAAUUAUUGUUUUUAUCCUUUAUCGGCAUCUCCUUCUUUCGAAAGCAUUACAGCAUUGCGACGUCAUCGCAUCUCGCCUCGCUUUUCUGACGACAUUUCAAAACCCACGGCGUUUUACAAACAAACAGCAUUAACAGGUUUCAUCCUGCCCGUCUCUUCUUUUAAUAUCCUCUGCACCCCAAUCAUCUCAUCAUUGCAAAAAGAAUGUCUCCUACACAAGUUCUACCCGCUCAAUCCGUUGAACUACCCACUCUUUCUUCUGCUUCUCGCGUCAAGAAGUCCACCAUGUCUAGCAGCGGCCGCGCCUGGAGGGAAGAUGAGGAAGCUUACCUUCUUCGCACCCGUCUGCAAAAGAUGCCCUACAAGCACAUCGCCGCCUACCUCAACAAGACAGAGCUCGCUUGCCGCCUGCACUACCACCAGCUCUCCCAUGGAAGUGGCCGCCGCAAGAGAGCUUCGUCUGGUUCUCCCGGUUCCGACAGAUCUCCAUCUCUUGCUGCGUCUGCUCCCAGCCCUGCCGGCUCUCUGUCCCCCCCUCGCCCCUACGACCAGCACUACAUUGUAACGCCUCCCACGGCCCACGAUGUCCAGCUGCCCAGCAUCGUCUCCCACCACAACUCGCCUCGCGUUCACAACAUCCUUCCCAAGCCCAAUGCCAUGGCUUUUGGCUCCAGAGCCACCUCUCCGCCAGAAUACGUCCCUGCUACUCCUGAGAGCCGCCACCGCACACCUCUCCCUCCUCUCACCUUUAGCAGCUCGCGCUCCCCCGGCGGCAACGCUCUCCAAAUCAGUGCCCCUCCCCGAGGCGAAUCUUCAUUCCCUUCUAGCUCGACACACACUCCCUCUCACGUCGACCUGUCCCGCCUACAGGCUGUGUACGAGUCGCACCGCAACAAGUUCUGGGACGCCAUCGCCUACGACUACGGAUAUCAGGCCUCGCCGUCGAGCCUCGAGAAGGCAUGGAAGACUGGCCGCUGCUGUAGCCCAGUACUACCUCCUUUGGCUAGCCCCAAAGAAGACGAGCGCUUUCCCAUUCCUCCCCGUGACAGAACUCGCAUCUCUUCGAUUUUGGACUCGGAUCCCUUCCGCGGAGGACGCCGCCUAUAAGCCGGCCCACCAACAAGCAAAAAGCUCAAUGACGACAAAGCGACACGACGUGAUGGAUAGUUAAUGGGAUAGACGGGAUACAAAUUGAGAAUAUCAAGGAAAGCGUUAUGUUUAUUUUCUUUUUCUUUUUUUAAGCCACUCUCUUUUAUGUUUGGAUGGGAGCAUGACGGCGCGUUUGGUAUUUUGGGUCCUUUGCCUUGACAUGCCUAGACAUGUUGAGGCUGGCUGACCCUUGGAAUCAUCUUUUAUUCGGAGUUUUGAAUUUUGGUCUACUUGUUUGUCGUUUUUCCUGCUAGCUGCAUUAUUCUCAGACCCCAGCAUGAGAAAUGCACCAAAAAUAAUUACAUGAAACUUGGCAUCGCACAGAUUCGAAACGUC